CUAUUCCGCGCGCAUUUCCGCAGAAGAAAUUGAAAAGCAAUAACCCUAGCUUUGAGUUAGGAAUGGAAGGAGGUGGAGGUGGGAGCGACUUGGAAAGAGAAGAAGAAGAUGACUCAGUGAGCGAGGUCUUGAGGGAUCGGUUUCGCCUCUCCACAAUCUCUAUCGCCGAGGUCCAAGCCAAGAGAAACGGCAUGGAAAUAUCUGAACCCAUAGUGGCUUGCAUUGCCGAUUUGGCCUUCAAAUAUACAGAGCAGCUGGCAAAGGACCUUGAGCUAUUUGCACAGCAUGCCGGGCGUAAAUCUGUAAACAUGGAAGACGUCAUUCUUUCUGCACAUAGAAAUGAACAUCUAGCUACCUCACUGAGGUCCUUCGGCAAUGAUCUGAAAGCUAAAGAACCCCAAUCUGAGAGAAAGCGGAAGAAGACGUCAAGAAAGGAAGACAAAGCAAUUGCAAAUGUGGUGCAUAUCCCCGAUAACUAAAAUCAAAGCUCAAGAUUGGACUUCACUCGCCAUUACCUGGAUCUUGCAAUACACCUUCCUUGUGUAAAUGCUCGUAGUACCUGAUUAAGUGCAUAUGAUAGCUUAGCUUGAAGUUGAAAGGCAAUUAGGUUAAACUAAUCCUACCAUGUUCAUUCUCUGCAGACGCCUGUUUGAUGUAUCACUCAGAUUUUUCCCAUAAAGCGUGGCAAUAGGGCAUAGAGAUUCACAAAAAAUGUGAGAGAGCACCUAUAAAGCCUAUCUGUAUGAGCAAGUUUUGGGCAACUUGCCUAUUUGUUUGAGCAGGUGGGCCUUAUAGGGGGUCUUCUCAAAAUUUUUGUCCAAAUUGAUAGCAAUCUAGGCAAAAAAAUUGCUUGAGAUCCAAAUCCGGUAAUGGGCACACAUGGGAUGAUUGGAAAAAGUUGCACCGAGUCAUGACCAGAAAAACUAAAAGGAAUAAGAUAGGAAAUGUAAGGGUCUUUUCGAUAGCUGAUACAUCAAAGAACCACGAUGUUGUUAAUGUAAUGGUCUCCUACUCCUGUAGUUGAAGAAGACAGUUACAAAAAGUGAUGGAAGUGGGGUGUAUACCACCCAGGACCAACUGAAAAUGAUGGG